AUGAUCCUGGUCGAGAAACCGAAAGUUUUACCCACCAAACCCGCGUCCAAAAGUAGAAACACCGAUGGCUUCAACACAUUGGUGUCAUUUCACCGGUUGGCGGGCAUACUAUACCUGGGCUACGGACCCAACCAGACACUCAUCAAAAAGACCAUAUGGUUAGCCUACGGCACAGCGGUCUGGGCCAUAGUGGGCAUCACAAAUACACCUUGCAUGCUUGAGUGUUUCUUACGCAAAAGUGAAUUCACCAACAUCAUUGGCUUUUACGUGUUUAACACUAUGUUUACCAUAUUCAACGUAUGCAACCUGAUAAACGCCCUGGUGGUCACUGUACGGGGCGGUGACUUUUACCGACUAAUAACUAACCUACAAGAGUUUACUAUUGAUGGUAAAUCGCUGAGAAAACUACGAAUCGGUGUUUACAUGUAUAUUAUGCUAUCGUUUUUAAUGAUGGUGAGAAAAGUGACCAUGUUCAACUUCACGUUUGACUUGUCUUACCCAAAGUUUUCUGGCUUUAAUUGUCUGAAAAUCUUUGAGGACUGCGCGACGGAAGUGAUGACAGACAGCACCGGAUUUUUGUUGAUUUAUUUUAGCUAUUAUUUAACGCUAAUUAUCGUAGAGUUUACGCAAAGUAUCCGCCGAUCAGACGCCGGGAAUGUGGACGAUGUCCGGCGCCAAGUGGUCAGAAUUGAGACCAUGAUUAAAGUGGCCAAUCGGCUGUUGAAUCCGUGUCUUUUGCUGGUGUUUACGAUAAAUAUGUUUAUAUUAAUUAUAUUUUGCUUUUUGAUUCAUAAUCUCAUUAAUAUUGAGUCCAAGUUCUCGGUUCGGGUCGUUUGGCCACUUCUGGUCAUAUACGCGGUCCGUAUGUUUGUCUGGUGUGUGUUUGUCGAUCGGCUUAACCAAAAGAAUAAAGAGAUGUUUGAAAAUAUAUCGCAAAUUCCUGCCAACAAUAUGGAGGAAAAGCUUAAUAUCAUGUUCAUCUUAAGUCUGCAACAAAAUCAGCAAACAUUCAAUGCGUCCAACUUUUUCAAUAUUAAUAAAUCGCUGUUUUUAUCGGUAAUCGGUGUCUCCAUAACAUAUACAUUGCUUUUUAUCCAAAGUGUUGACAAAGUUUAA